AUGCCACCAAAACUCACUCUCUACCGCCGCAACGGCUCCUGCUCCAUGGUCUCCCACAUCCUCCUCACCGAGCUCGCCAUUCCCUUCACCUCCAUUCAGAUGGCGCCAGGACCACAUGGAUACGAAGCAGCAGACAAGAGCUUCACGCACGCCGAGUACGUCCGUGACAUGCAUCCGAGUGGAUACGUGCCAGCGCUCUCAGUGGACGGUGAGGUCAUAACGGAGAAUCCAGCUAUUCUGAGAUACAUCGCCAACUUGGCACCUGAUAGGAAGCUGCUGGGAGCAACGGCUAUGCAGAACGCCAAGGUGGAUGAGUGGUUGAAUUGGUUGAGUGGAUCGUUGCAUGGGAAUGGGUUUGGAGCUUAUUGGAGGCCGGCGAGGUUUUCUGCGGAUGAGGGGGCACAUAUAAGUAUUCAGGCGAAGGGAUUUCAGAAUGUCUUGUCCUGCUUCGACCGGAUCGAUCAGAGGGUGGACGGCGAGCAUGCGGUUGGCGAAGAGUUGACUGUCGUCGAUGUGUAUCUGCAUACAUUCUAUCGAUGGGGCCAUAUGAUCGGCGUUGACAUGGGACAGUAUCCGAGGUACGGUGGAGUUGCUCGUAAAGUCGAAAAGCUGGAGAGCGUCAAAAGAAUCAUGGCCGAGGAAGGUGAAAAAUUGCUCUUCUCGGAUGAGACCUGA